AACAAAGAGAGAAUGGACUGGAAUAAUAACAACAUAAGAACACCUCAACUUCUAGCUCGGCCUCAUGAAAAUUCUUUCAAUCUUCUCUGCAAUUACAACUUUCAUGAUCAAUAUCCAGCUAUGGAAAUUAUGAAGCAACACCAAGGGAUGGCGGGGCCAUCGACGGGUGAUGGAAUGGCGACGGGGACAGGUGGUGGAGGGAUGAAUGAUCAGAAGAACGUCGGUUACUAUGGAAACUAUCAGCAGGAGAAGAAGAAGAGGCUAAGUAAUGAGCAGUUGGAUUCACUCGAGAGCAGCUUUCAGGAGGAGAUAAAGCUUGAACCUGACCGAAAGAUGAGGUUGGCUAGAGAACUAGGGCUGCAGCCGCGACAAGUGGCGAUCUGGUUUCAGAACCGUCGUGCUAGGUGGAAGGCUAAGCAGGUCGAGAACUUGUAUGAAUCGCUUAAGCAACAGUUCGAUCUUGUUUCGAAGGAGAAACAAAAGCUACAAGAAGAGGUUUUGGCUUUGAAAGCAUUGUUGAAUGAUCAAGGGCAAAGGAACCAAGUCUCGGCCGGGUACACAGAAAUGUCGGGUGAGGAUACCGUUGAGAGCACUUCGGUCAGAAACCGGAUGACUUCGGGCAACCCCCAUAGGAUAAGAGGUGGUCUACAACACGACAAUCAGAUGAACAGUACUGAUCAUCAUGAUCAUGUUAACUAUGUCCUCAAUGCUGCCGGUGACUACAAUUCAAUGGUUCAACCACCACCGGCUGCUUACUGGUGAGCCGCCAGCUGCUUAAGAAUCAUGAUCUUAAUAAUUAAGGUCGGAUUAUUAAUGUUUAGUUUAAAACUAGGUAAUUCUGAAGCUCUAUCUCGGAAAAGACUUUGUAUGCAUGGUUAUAUAUGUAAGGUUAUUAUUAUUGUAUGACUGAUUAUUAG